AUGAUAAAAGGCAAGGCCGCUGAAUCUCCUUCUGAUUCCGAUGGGCCGACCUCCUCCUUGGUCGCUGCGGAUGUCGCAAACAUAGCUUCCGCCGUCAAGGCCAGCAUGGAACGUGUGCUGGUAGGCAAGGGCAACGUGAUUGAGCUUGUACUGGCCGCUGUGCUCAGUGGGGGCCACGUGCUUGUGGAGGAUGUUCCCGGAAUUGGGAAGACCACCUUGGCGCGAAGUUUGGCGGAAUCGCUCCGUUGCAGUUUCCGGCGUAUCCAGUGCACCCCGGACCUGAUGCCUUCCGAUAUCACCGGAGUGCACUUCUACAAUCAGAAGUUGGGAGAGUUUGAAUUCCGACCCGGGCCCAUCCUAGCGCAGGUAGUGCUGGCCGAUGAGAUCAACCGGGCCACGCCGCGUACGCAGUCGGCCCUCUUGGAGGCAAUGGCUGAGGGCCAAUUGACGAUUGAUGACCGGACCUUUCCACUGCCCUCGCCAUUCCUCCUGAUCGCGACGCAGAACCCCAUUGAGCUGGAGGGGACAUUCCCGUUGCCGGAGGCCCAACUCGACCGGUUUCUGCUGAGGGUCCAAAUGGGCUAUCCCGACGAAGAUGAAGAGGAGCAGAUGCUGGUCCGUUUCAGCACCGGCAGCCCCAUCGACUCGAUGGUACCGGUGAUAGACGGGAAUGAUGUGGUCGAAACCCAGAAAAAAGCAUUUGCCGCCAUUCGUGGCAGGGAAUUCGUCACUCCUGAUGAUGUGAAAGUCCUCGCGCCGUACGCUCUGGCACAUCGAGUCAUCGUGAAAUCCCAGGCCAGGCUGAGAGGCCGUACCGCAGAGGAUGUGGUGCUGGAACUGCUGUCCAGAGUGGAGGUCCCGGUCUAG